UGUCCUGUGUUUGUAGUUUGUGUAUUUUGUGUUUAUGUUGUAAUUUACCUUUUAUUUCUAAAAUUGAGUACACCGCAGUGUUUUGUUGGUAAAUAAAUCAGAUCAAAAUGAAUUUAAUUAGUGUUCAAUAAAUGUACCAAACUUCUUUAGUUAAUUAAGUUUAUCGAUAUCAAAUAAAAAUCGGAUCCCGGAAUUGCUAUUUACAAUGGAUUCUAAUCUGAUAAAAUCGAUGCCUCACAGAAGAACUCAAAUUGAACAUUUAUAUAAUCUUUUUGCUCACAAAAAUGAACCUCAAAUUGAAAGUGUGUACAUUUACGGUGGUCCUAGCUCAGGAAAAACAGUCGUAGUACAGCGUGUACUAGAAAUUCUUGAAGUCAAUCAUGCCGUAAUAAACCUUAUUGAAUGUUAUUCAUCGAGAAUUUUAUUUGAAAGCAUUUUAAAUAAGAUUUCCGGACACAAAUUGAAUCCUCUAAACCCGACUCCAUACGCUCGAUGUGACAACAUGAUGGACUUUUUAUACAAUAUCGAAAAACUUAACGAGGUAAAGAAACUGGACGGGUUUGUUUUGGUUUUGGAUAGCGCAGAAGAACUCAGAAAUAUGGAAUUCAAUUUAUUACCUUGUUUUCUGAGGUUAAGAGAACUAACUGGAAUUUCUAUAUGCGUUGUUCUUAUUUCAGAACUUGUGUUCGAGAAAUUUUACACCAAAGGAGGUGGAAUUGAACCUAUUAAGAUACAUUUUCCUCAAUAUAACAAAAUUGAAUUGCUAGAAAUACUUUCCCUAGACAUCGAUUAUUGUAGAAAUAUGAUUCUGGAACAUUUUAACAAGUUUAUAGAGUUCGAUUUAGAUUUUUACAAAAAUUAUUUAAAUUUAUUUUUAUCUGUAUUUUACAGAUCUUGUAGAGAUCUUUCCGAACUUAGAUAUAUGUCAAGAAUAAACUUUAUUAAGUACUGUGAACCUGUAAUUAACAAUGAACACACUAUUGAGGACUCAAUGGCUUUAUGGAGACAUAUCUCACCAAUACUAAAAUCAUCCUUAGAAGUAUUAUACCUCAGACUGGAUACAACAAAAUCAGCAAAUAUCAAAGAAAAACCUAACCCUACUUUAGAGCUACCAUUUUACGCUAAAUAUAUUCUGAUAGCUGCUUAUUUAGCUAGUUACAAUCCUGCAAAAGACGACAAAAGACUGUUUAUGAAGCACCACGGGAAACAAAAAAAGAAAUUAAAAGACAUUAAAUUGAAAAGCAAAGUCAGCGAACAAUUAAAUACUCAACUCGGGCCUAAACCUUUUGUUUUUGACAGAUUGCUGGCCAUUUUUUACUCCAUUUUGGAUGACAAAGACAAUAAAAUGGGUUUUAAUAAUAAUGUGCUGGUCCAGAUAUCGAGUUUGAUUGAGUUAAGGCUACUCUCGUUGGUUAGUGAUAGUUGUUUUUUGGAUGGACAGAAAUAUAAGUGUAAUGUUAAUUUCGAGUUUAUACAGUUUGUUUCUAAAUCGGUUGGAUUUGAGAUUAAGAAAUAUUUGAGUGAUUUUAGUCACAUCUAAGUAUGUUUUAUAAUUAUAACAUGAUUUAUACAGUAUACAUUCUUUGAUCAGUUUAAGUAGGAUUUAAUUUUUUCUUUUUGAUUUUAAAUAAUUUACAUGUAUUUCAAAAAUAUAAAUUACAUAUUA